AUGCCUGCUUCACAAGGAAAUACCACGGGUACCUUUGACCCGAAGUCUGUCCCUCAUGGCCACUGGGAUUCCUUUCCCGAGGAGCCAUUUCCUCUAUACGAGGGCACCAAAUCCAUUAUCUAUCGAUCCAAAGACGGCAAAGUGGUUGUCGGAAUGUUGCGUGAGAAGGGAAAAGACACCCUCGUGUGGCCAGUGGAUGAGUUUCUGUACGUCACGGAAGGAUGGAUCAAAAUCGACGUCAAGGACGGUGAAAAGUUUACGUUGCACAAGGGGGAUGUGAUGGUUAUGCAAAAGGGCCAGACAAUUACCUUUGAGUGUAGCGAUGAUUUUGCCAAUGUUGCAGUCUUCAUCGACAUGCAAGAGAAGGUUGAACUUGUUUAA